CAUCAAGCUAGGCCGGCCGGCUGCACGCUCCGAGCGCUCCUGCAUGUGACCUACCUGUACGAAAUCGGGAGAAGUUGUUGACGGAAUGACCACAGGUGAGGAGCGGGCCUACUGAGCUGCAUCCCCCUUAGAUAUCACUGCACAUAUAGACCCUGGACUGAGACCUGGGAGUUCUGGUCAUUGUAGGGCUCACUUCAAUCAGCGCUGUGUAUUGGUUAACCGGCUUACUGAGAGAGUAAGUGUGUGUGUGCCUGCGCAGCCAAGCGUCACUAAUUCUCACUGGCCCUGGGUUUAGGGUGAAGUCACUUGCGCCUCUCACUGACUGUGAGGGUAUUAGAUGUGGAUUGCUGUGUCUCCAGCACAUCAAGUCAGAAAGCUCUGGGACCAGUGCACAGUGUUGCCUCAGCCGGAUUUCUGUCCUCAAGGAAAUUCAGCAGUUUUUGUGGUGACUUGAAGCAGUAGGAUUUCAUGCAUGUUUACUUGAGUUCCCACUGAGUGUCACCUGACAGCUUUGGUUUGAACCUCCAGGGUCCAAUAAGUCUGCUCGUCUGAAACGGGAUCUGCACACAGGUAUCAUCAAGUUGUAAUCUCUUGGGGCUCAGGGUUGCUGUCGAUGUUUGCGAGUAAGCCUCAGUGAGUGAAAGACUCGGACACACAAACACAGAACAAAGCAAAGGAGAAACAACCCUCCAAAAAACAGCAAAGUAAAAAAAAAAAAACUGACAUAUUGUGAUCCCCGCAUCAAGAUGGAGGUGGAAUCAGGACGAAACGAAUACACGCUGCAGCCUUAUGAGAACCGGCGGUUGCAGAAGGUGCUGAGCUGGGUGCGUCAAAACCUACUGCUCCUCUUCACGCUGGUGGCCGUCAUCCUAGGCAUUGUUCUGGGCCUGCUCCUGCGCCUGGCUGAGCCCUCGGAGGAUGCGAUCCUCCUCAUCGGUUUCCCGGGAGACAUCUUGAUGAGACUCCUCAAGAUGCUGAUUCUCCCACUGAUCGUGGCUAGUCUCAUCUCAGGCUUAACUGGCCUGGACACCAAAGAGAGUGGGAAGUUAGGCCUGCGAGCUCUGGUCUACUACUCGGUGACGACAUGCAUCGCAGUCAUCAUCGGCAUCAUCCUGGUGCUGAGCAUACACCCGGGCAAGGCAGAGACCAAGGCCUCGCUGGGUGAGUUUGGAGAGGAGAAAGAAGUGACCACCAUGGACGCUAUUCUGGAUCUACUAAGAAACAUGAUGCCUGUUAACCUGGUGCAAGCAUGCUUCGAACAAUCAACAACGAUAUAUGAGGAAAAGGAGCAGUUCAAGAAAGUUUUAAUCAACACAACCAUGGACAGCAACGCAACCAUGAUCGCCAACGCAACCAUGACCACAGAGGAAAUGGUCAGCAUGAAUCCCAUGAACAUGUCGGACAUGAUGUUCACUGGCAACCCGAUGACGGGCCCCAAGUACGAGAUGGUCAGCUUGGGUAUGAAGAAGGUGCGCACGAUUGGUUACAAAGAUGGCAUGAAUGUGUUAGGCAUCGUUACCUUCUGCAUCGCUUUCGGCUUGCUUCUGAGUCGGAUGGGAGAGAAGGGGCGCGUCAUGAUUGAGUUCUUUGACAUCUUGGCCGAACUCACCAUGCAGCUGGUCAACCUCAUUAUGUGGUAUUCGCCCAUCGGCAUCAUGAGCCUGAUCUGCGCCAAGAUCCUGGCCAUGGAGAAGCCAGAGGUCAUCUUUGUCCAGCUGGGCAUGUACAUGGUCACCGUCAUCGUGGGGCUGAUCAUCCACCUGGGCUGCCUCAUGACCAUCUACUUUGUCAUCGUCCGCAAGAACCCUUUUGUGUACUUCCAUGGCAUGCUGCAGGCGUGGCUGAUGGCUAUCGCCACUUCCUCCAGUGCCGCCACGCUUCCUGUCACCUUUCGCUGCUUGGAGGAAAACAACAAGAUCGAUCGCCGGGUCACGCGCUUUGUGGUGCCCAUCGGGGCCACCGUCAACAUGGACGGCACGGCACUGUACGAAGCUGUGGCAGUCAUCUUCAUUGCGCAGAUGAACGGAAUCCCCCUCUCUGUUGGCCAAGUCAUCACUGUCAGCUUGACAGCCACGCUUGCGAGCAUUGGAGCAGCUAGCAUCCCCAGUGCUGGGGUAGUCACCAUGCUCUUGGUGUUGACUGCUGCUGGCCUGCCCACCAACGAUGUCAGCAUCAUCCUCUUAGUGGAUUGGUUCUUGGACCGCCUGCGUACCUCCAUCAACGUUCUUGGGGAUUCCUACGGAGCAGGUAUUGUCUACCAUCUGUCUAGGAACGAGCUGGCCGCCCAAGACGCAGCCCUGGCAGCUCAAGAAGCCGGUGGCUCCUACCCAGAUGUCAACCAUCACAGCAAUAAGAUGAUGGACACCUCCAACCGCAACUCCCUGGAGGUGGUGGAUCGGGAACACAAGAGGAUGGAUGGGGAUGCUUCACGGGAAACCAACUUCUAAAAAAAAGUUACCCCCCCUCCCUCCCCCUUCCCCACCGACGGGGCUGGGUUGGUCAUUUCCAUUCCCCAUCCCAUUCUUUUCUGACAUAGUUGAACGCAAACGAAUUCAAUAGUGCUUUCUGUUAGCCAGUAGCGUAAAAGAGAUCAGUUGUCCCUACGAUGACCCAAAUUUGAGAGUGUGUUGUCCGUGUGCCCAUUGCCCAUCGGCUGUGGUCACUUGCUUGACCAGUUUGUCGGUGGCCACGGCCAGUGCACCAGUGAGUAGUACGACUUACCUUGCGUGUAUCAGUGCAAACUCUUGGGUGAAAUGUUUCUUUUAUAUUUUGCCGUGAAGAUCUUGGGAUGCCAAUUUGGUGAAUUGAAGACAGUCCCACUGCUUCCAUCUGCAAAACUUGUUUGAUGAAUUUAUGGCAACGUAGCCCAGACUAAUCGAGCAGGAAAGAAGAACAAAAUGAACAGCAAAUUGUAUCCCUCUCUUGGAUAGGUCAGAAGAAAAAAGAUGGCAGACGUGAAUCUUCUCCUCGUUGUCUCCCUCAAUAAAAUAACACAGGGUGUGCUUAAAUGUGUAGAUGUUUUUGUAUUCCAACCUUAAGUCCAAUUUUUCUACAGAAAAUACAAUGCAUAGCACCAUUUAAAGUCUAUUUCAUUAUUUUUUUUACCUGUUUGUUUAGGAACUUUUUUGGUCAGGGAUUGUGAUGAAGUAGAGUUAGACUGGAUCUGUUGAUUGACAAAAAAAGUGUGGGUUCUCAAGUUAGAAUUGCUCAUUUUAAAGAAAAAUUGUAUAUUUAGGAAUGGUUGUGAGUUGGAGAAAAACCUUAUACAGUUCAAGAAAUGCUUAUUGUAUUAUUUGUUUUUAGAUUUUUGAUCAGUAUCGUAGUUGCGAAUGUUCUGUAGAUUUUUUCUGGUAAUCUUGCUAGUCUUGUAGUGUAUUGCUAAUCUAUAAAGCUCCUUUGUACAGGGCAUCUUUUGUACAUCUGUUUGGUAUGGAUUAGUUAUAACAUGAACUGAUUUGUGACGUGACAUUUUCAGUCUGGUUCAAUGACCAAUGUGUAAACAAACUCAUAGCAAUAAUGAAGUGAAUAUAAAGAGCGUGGUUGAUUGUGUUGAACCCGAUUGUGUAGAUAGGUGCUGAAGUUGUGGAAAUGAGAAAGUGCUCUCAAAAUGUACCCUAACUCCUCAAGUAUCCCUCCUCGGCCUGUGUAGGUGAUACUGACUGUGUCCAAUUAUUCUUGACAAGUAUGUAUAUAAAUAUAUAUAAAAAUUCAGUCUACAUGGGUGAUUUAGAGUGCAUUUAUACACCAGUUAACUUGAUGCACGGCAUGUGUCAAAACAUGGCCGCAACUGUUUUCACAUGGCAACUGUGAUCAGCGUUGGUGUAUAAAUGUGCCUGGCUUUGAACCUUUGCCGUGGAGUUGGUAUGUGCCCAUCUGAGCAGAGUCCAAAGUACGCUGCAGUCGUUGAAAAGUUUCAUUAAGCAAAGAGACAACAACAGUGCAGUCUGUAAAGCUUCUCGUUUGCCAAGUGCAAACAAGGUCAGUGACCGAGGUGAACUCGUGAAAAGCUUGAGAGCUUUGGCAUCAGGUUCUCCUGUGCAGGUGCACUUAGCUGUUGCAUUGUGACACCUGUCAACGGAACACUAUUGUUGUAUCAUGCACUUAAGGGUCCCAUACAUGUGAGGUAAAUGUAGAGUAGAUGUGUGAUAAAAAAUGAUGUUUUGAGGUAGGGACAGUACACGGUACUAUGUACCCACAUCAUUAGUCUUGGAGGGGCCUUUUUCAACUUAAAUUACUCAAAUCCUGUGUUAAAUUUGUCUCCUUCAUUGCUAACCUGUGGUACUCAAUUAAGCCUGACAACUGUAUAGAAUCAGUGUUCUUCACUUGUUUGAAAUUCCAUCCUGAAUCGCAUUCUUCAAAAAAGGGUACAACCGGCUUAGUCCUUUCUACAAAAGGAUGAGAGUUCGGUGUGCUGUUAACCUCUUUCCCAUGAUGCACUGUAAGAAUGGCCUCUCCAUAAUAACCUCUUGGUGGCGCUCUGUGCAGUGAAUCACUUCCGUCACACGGGUAACAGUGCAGUGACUCCUGUCAUUGUGUCAAGGUACAUUUGCCCACACAUGAACACUGUUUUAGUUUAGUGCUUGCAAUGCAAACUGCUGCGAGAAUGUCAAGGCAGACAAUCAUUCAAAUCACACAGUACAACAUCAUUCACAAAAGCACACCUCAAGUCAGCUGAGUGAGUGACUAUGUUUGGCUGUUUGUUUCUGUUGGACAAUUUUGUAAAUAUAUUAAAAUCUGUAUCAAGUGUUAAUACUAAAUGCAUAUAUAUUACUAUAUCAUAAACUGUGUAUAAUGCUACUAACAUAGUUGCAUGUGUAUCUCAUGUUAUAUCAGGGUGUUUCAAAUGAAGAAAACUUAUGGAAUUGUUAAAAACCCCUCCUGGAAUUUUGAACUAUUUUGAUUUUUCAAGGAGAAAUGAAAACCAUUAAUUACUGGUUUGAUUUUACAUUUUUUUUCUUAAUGCUUUUUUUUUUUUUAGUGUGUUAUGAUUUAUUGGUAAGCCAGUGACUAUAGUUGCCUUGGUUAUUUGAAAUUGUAGUUGGAUGCUUUAAACUUUAUUCGACAAUCUGUAAUGAUUGGUUUGUGAAUUAUGCAAGAAUUUGAUUGGGAUGAAAGGUUACACAAAACUAAAAUGACGGAUUGCAAAUGUCAAGCAAUACUUGGUUGUAAGGACCAGUCGUCAGCUAGCAUUGUUUGAAUAAUCUACCUUCAGCUAUUUAGGAGAGAAACCUUGAGUCACAGUUUCUGUGAAAUGAAUUUGCUCAAGAUUGUCGUUAA